ACUCCACCCCGAAAAAGAAGAACUUUUCUGACCUGCUGGAGGAGAGGCAGAUCCUGACACCAUGGGGCCUGUCAGCUACUCAUCAGACACCUAUGACUUGAGCCAGGUGGAGCUGAGCGGUUUCUACGAGGCUGAGAACAGCACUCCUCCUUUGGAAGGCUACUUUUGCUUCAAUUCGGCUUCAUCUGUGGUUGGCAACCAGAGAGACCCCUUCAGGAAGGUCUUCAUACCGCUCGCCUAUCUGCUUAUGUUCGUGUUGGGAACUGUGGGCAAUGCCCUGGUCCUUGUCAUUUUAGAGAGGUUCAAGCGGUCUCGAACAACCACUGAAAACUUCCUCUUCCACCUCACCCUGGCCAACUUGGCACUGCUGCUCACCUUCCCCUUCAGCGUGGUUGAAAGCCUGGCUGGGUGGGUGUUUGGGACUUUCCUCUGCAAGAUCCUCAGUGCGGUCCACAAGAUCAAUUUCUACUGCAGCAGCAUGCUGCUGGGCUGCAUUGCGGUGGACCGCUACCUGGCCAUCGUGUACGCAAUCCACACCUACCGCAAACGCAGAGCUCGCUCCAUCCACCUCACCUGCACGGCCAUCUGGCUCUGCUCCCUGCUCCUCACCUUACCCGAUCUCAUCUUCAUGGAAGUCUGGACAGAUGAGAGCAACCGCAGCAUCUGCUAUUUUCCAGAGGCUGGGAUUCAUGGCAACAACGCGUGGCUGGCAACUCGCUUCCUGUACCACAGCGUGGGUUUCUUCAUGCCCCUGCUGGUCAUGUGUUACUGCUACAUGGCCAUCGUCCGCGCUCUGUGUCAUUCCCAACGCCUGCAAAGGCAGAAAGCUGUCCGUGUAGCCAUCCUGGUCACCGGUGUGUUCCUGUUCUGCUGGAGCCCAUACCACAUCGUCAUCUUUCUGAACACCCUUACCAAGCUAGAAGCCUUCACCAAGAACUGCCUGCUAGAAGAUCAGCUGGACACCGCCAUCAUGGUGACAGAGGCCAUCGGCUUCACACACUGCUGCCUCAACCCCAUCAUUUAUGCCUUUAUAGGGGUCAAGUUCCGUAAUGACUUCUUCCGUAUCCUGCACGAGCUGGGCUGCAUAAGCCAGGAGACCCUACAAGAGAUCCUAGAGGUGACAAGGAAGGGCUGCGGAAUCGAGUCUGACAACACCACCUCUAUCUCCACUUUCUAACUCAGAAAGGUUGCUGCAGGACCAAAAUGGCCUGCCCAGUAGCAUAUGUGCUGUGUCCCAGUCCUAAGUUUUACAAGUGUCCCCACCACUCUUUUUACUCCUUGGGAAACCGAGGUCUGAUAGCCACCUAACACCCAAAUCCCACCGCAUCGCUUCUGUGGUUCCUUCUGGUUCACAUAUGUACCAAAAUCUGUCUGGCAGCUGUUGGCAAAUGCCGACUGUCCGAUUGUCACUCUGGCCGGGAUGGAGGAACCAAAGCAGGUUGAACCUGUUGUUACCACAUCUCCAUCACCAAACUGACUGCAGGAGUCCUGUGCACAGAGCCAGAUGCAAGACUGAGUCACAGGGCGGGAGGGGGAGGGCAGGAAAAACGCACGGCCAAGUGGAAGCUGCAUCAGUGAGUGAGGGCUGAGGAAAGGACAAAGCAGGUUCCCAUCUCACCUGCUCAUGUCACUGAAGACAUGCCCAAAGAAAGCAGUGGGGGACAAUUGCCAUGGUAGCUAGAGCGAGAGAUGCAGGUAAGACCAUCAGGGUACCCAGAGCUCAUCCCAGUGACAAAGGCCACACGGUCUGUGGAUGGAAUAUUGCUCCUCCUGCUGCAUGACGUCCUGCCAUCCAGUCACAGCACAUCGCUUUUCCCAGCGCAGCUCACUCCAGGAGGCCUUGGACUUUGACUGCUGCAAAUUCCUGACAUCAGCCACAUCCUUCCCUGUUCACUUGAUUUCUUCACAGCUACAUUUGCUGAAGCAAAUGCCUGAGUAUGCAAAAGCUGUCUUUUAAAGAUGACUGUCUGAACAGAUGGCUCAGUCUUGUGACUGAGCACGGAGAAAAUGAACCACACAUCUUUGUGAGGCUGACGGUGUAACCAUUUUUUUCCCCCCUUUUCCUUUUGCAGCUCAUUGUACAUCGCUUUGUGCAUUCUGCCCCACAGUAUGGUAAAACACAGAAGACGACCUAAUUUGCAUCAUUUCUGUUUGUUUUCAGUGGGCUGAGGGGCAGUGCUGCAUUUUGCUUAGAACUGUGUUUUCAGGUAUCCAUGCUCCACCUGCACACACAGGGCCUUUGGAAAUGGGGUGCAUCCAAUAUCCAGGUUCACAUAGAACAAUCCUAAGUGCUGAUUUUGCCCUGCACUAUGGGCAUCCAGCAAUAUCAGGGCUUCUCAAUAACAAGCUGGUCCAAAACAAGAGUGGCUGCUUUAUACCAUCAUUAAUGAUGGCACUGCAAGCUGACACGCAGGGCAGCCCCAACAGACUUGUGCAGCUUGCUGCUUCCUACUAAGUCUUGUCAGAGAAAUGUGUCAGCAGGUACACAGUGCUGUUCCUUACAUUUUUCUCAUUAGCCAAGCAUUGCUUUGGCCUCCACUUAAUGACAGUCACACACACACUGUCAUACGAGAAUGACCCCAACCACUGGAACACAUUAAAAUCUGCUGUUCUACUCACCUCACUGCUUAUGCUUAGUUGGCACAAUACCAGUUUUGCCACUGCAGGAGGGAUUUUUGUGUCUAAAUCACCAUAUCCUCACCAUACCCAGAGUCACCCUGCAGACAGCAGGCAUUACAGAGUGGGUCACGUCAGACUAUCCCAGCUCAGGCAGAGUCUGAAUGAGCUGCUUACAGAUUCUGACAUGACAAGGAAACUCCUGAAAUGUAAGGCAUUCACAGAAUGAACAAUCCCCCAGGGCCCAGCCCAGCCCUGCAGAGCAUCUCCUACAGCAGCACGCUGUUCCUAUUCCCCGUGAGGCCCAGGGGACGUCACUGGGGUGUUUCAGCAGAGCACCCUGCCCCACACAGCGGCCGUGGGGCCGUGACAGGCAGCAGAGCGUGCACAAAGCGCGAGCCAGUGAAUGCAUGAAUGAACGUGUGCCUGGGAGUGCUGCAGAACUGGGGCUCCCCACACGCCCUCGUGCAGCUCGCUGUGACUCACACAGGGUUUCAUUUUCCUUAUCAAGAAGAGGACCUGCAUCCUCACCCUGAUCCCCCAGUGCUUGCAGCUGGGCCCCGCUCCGUCACCCACCGCUGCCCAGGAGGGGUGGCUGGGAGCAGGUGUGCUCAAACAGCGCUGGGACAGGAUCUGCAGCAACGGGGAACAGAAGAAAAUGAGGCUGUUUCUCACUGACAGCAGUUGAAGAAGAAUUGCUUCGAGCCACAGAGACAAGAGCAGCCAUGUCCGCCCCACAGCCCCACGUCAUGGUGGCGGCUCUGCCCACACCGCUCCAUGGGCACCCUGUGGGCUGAGACCAGGCCGUGGGGCUUUGGCAGCACGGACGUUUGUGAGCAACCACGUUUGGGGAAGAGUAAUAUCUCAUGGAAAAUCUCUGACCAACACUGUGAGACCACUGCCACCAAACCACAGUGAUGCCUUAGCUUCACAUCAAGGUCACAUAUCCCACUAGUUUGGUGGCUUUGUUGCUCUUCUUACCAUUUUAAUACAAACAUUAAAGACUAAAAUAAGUUUUGUUACUUACAUACAUUGACUACACCCUGUAUUUUACGAGGGCUGCUCCGAAAGUAAUGCCUCCUGUUUUAUGAUGUCAGCCCACCACAUCAGAGGCGGAUGCUGGUGGUACAGCAGGAGAGGUGGAACCUUCCCACCAAUAUCCAUUCCAUGCUGUUGUCGUGUGACAGAUGGCAGCAGAGGGGCAGCCUGACACAGUGGUGUCUGACAUGGAAGUGCAGAUGAAGCAAAGGUGUGUCACUGAAUUCCGCCAUACAGAAAAAAUGUCACCCACUGAUAUCCACUGAUGCUUGGUAAGUUUCUGGAGACCAAACAGAAUGCAUAGCUCAUGGUAGGGACUAUGUUGAAAAAAUAGCAUGUUGUAGCUGAGAAUUUGCUCUAUCAAGCAGAGUUACUGUGCUCACUGUAUCAACUGUAGUUUACAUGGAAAUAUAUAGGAAGCAUUACUCUCAGAGUGACUUAUGUACAUGCAGCCCAGGGAAGCCAAAAGGUUGGACACCCAUGGGCUAGAGGAUGGGCUGGUACAGCAGAGGAUGGGACAGAACAACAGCACAGCCCAGACUUAGGCAGCAAAAUCCUCCUUAGGACAAGGAACCACACAGAGCUGCAUGGUCGGGCCAUCCACUCCAUGCAGACUAUGGGAAGCAUCUCCUGCUGACUGCUGAAGCAGAAUCUCACAGCAAGGAAGCUCCAGCUGAGGUGAACAACCCUGCAGGACAUCACACAGACCACAGACGAGAGGCAAGAGAUCAGGUUUUGAAAUUUGUCUUUUUAAUAAAAAGGCACCUAUAAAACAGGUCAAUACAUUACAGGCAGCACAGAUACCCAAAAACAAGCCUAAAAAUUGUUUCAAAUAAAAACCAAUAAGAUGUCUUCA